AUGGAUAUGGAGGAUAUGAAAAGUAUUGUAAAUGAUGAUAGCAAUGUUGUUGGUAUCAAUUUACAUAAACGUGCAUCAACACUUGAUCCUUUUUUUCUAACAGUGGCUUUUGGAGGUUUUGGUUUAUUUUAUCUUGUACUUCAG